GUUGACACGCGGUUACGUAGUAAUCCUGCGACAGAAAAAGAAAGAGUGAAGGACACGAUAUGCACGAUACUGCCGACAAACACGUGAAAAAAAUGUAUUCCGAUUCUUUGAUUUGUGUUUUAUGUAAGCACAUCGUUUAAAUACAAAGAACUACAUGCGUGUGGAUCUAAUGUAGAGCGAAUAGUUUUGUCGUCGCUGACGUUUAGUAUUUACGCAGUUCAGACGCAUAGUUUAUAACAGGAGGAGCUGACAGCUUCAGUAUCACACAGGUCCACAUACAGCUGUGCAACCAGUGACCUUGAUUUCAGCCAGGAUUUAUUUCAUCUGUUUCCAAGCAUUCAGAGUGUGCUGAAGACAUGAAUGCACUGCGGUCCUAACAGCAGCCAUCAUGACGACAGAGGCUGUGUCCUCAGGGACUCGGGCUCCGAUCCCAGCUCCGGUCCAGAAAGACUACUACUACUGGUUACGCUCUUUCGCAGCUGGAGGUGUUGCAGGAUGCUGUGCCAAGUCCACCAUAGCGCCUCUCGAUAGAGUGAAAAUUUUACUACAAGCUCAAAAUCCUCAUUACAAACACCUUGGAGUGUUUGCCACACUGAAGGCAGUGCCAAAAAAAGAGGGUUUCCUUGGACUAUACAAAGGAAAUGGAGCCAUGAUGAUCAGGAUUUUCCCAUAUGGAGCCAUUCAGUUUAUGGCUUUUGAUCACUACAGAAAGUUCUUUAACACACAACUUGGAAUAUCUGGGCAUAUUCAUCGGCUCAUGGCAGGAUCUAUGGCAGGGAUGACUGCAGUUAUUUUCACCUAUCCACUCGAUGUUAUCCGAGCUCGCUUGGCGUUUCAAGUGACAGGAGAGCAUCGCUACACUGGCAUACGAAAUGCCUUUCAGACUAUUUACCUUAAGGAAGGAGGAAUCUCUGGAUUCUACCGUGGUCUGACCCCCACAAUCAUUGGCAUGGCUCCAUAUGCAGGCUUUUCUUUUUUCACGUUUGGUACAUUGAAGACUCUGGGACUUUCUCACUUUCCAGAGCUCUUAGGCAAGCCGUCGCUGGACAACCCUGAUGUUCUAGUGCUGAAGACUCACGUCAAUCUGAUGUGUGGUGGAGUUGCUGGAGCAAUUGCUCAGACUAUUUCAUAUCCACUAGAUGUUGCCCGGAGGAGAAUGCAGUUAGGUGCAUCACUGCCUGAUUUUGACAAAUGUUGCAGCAGCCUGACAAAAACUCUCAAGCAUGUGUACACCCAGUAUGGUGUUAAGAAAGGACUGUAUCGUGGCCUGUCCCUCAACUACAUCCGCUGUAUACCGUCACAAGCCGUUGCCUUCACCACUUAUGAGUUCAUGAAGCAAGUUCUUCACCUAAACUAGAACAAGCAGUCACUAAGCCUUACAGGAACGAGUUGUAACGACCCCGGCAACAUCACAGCAGCCCCGUCUGCCAUUCCAGUGACCAGUCAUCUGAACUCCAGUUCUUACAAAACACCCUCACAAAUGGCAGACCUGUGGCUUUGCACAGCCCAGCAACAGUCACUAUGGAUACAGAGACAAAAGCUUGCUUUUCCGUUUUGUGUGGAUCAGAAACAACCGACACUGGAAAUGCCAUGGAAACCUGCGUCUGAAACUUGCCUGUAAGAAGCCAUCCCAUCUCAGAUUGAAAAAUAUGCCUUAAUCUUUCACUCAUAUUAGCGAAACACUACAUCACAGGAGAUUUUACUUAUGAUGACAGUUUCAGUACAUCACAGUGCUUUUAACUAUGAAUGAUGAUGUUACUUUUUAUGUCAAAUAUGGAAGUUUACAUUUUCUUUGCUAAAUUUCAUUCAUAUGUAGCGUUAUAUUUCAGCAAAUCUGAGUCACCUCAAGUCUAAUUGACUGAUAUUUGUCUCUUUUAGUGAUAAAGAUGACUCUCCUCUAAAAUAAAAUAUAAUA